CGCGCCGGCUGCAGUCUCUUCAGUGUGUUUUGCAUUCACAACCUGUGGUGCAAAGUGUUUGUUAGAGAAUUUCUAUUUGCGAUAGAGAAUACAAGAUUUUGACCGUUCCUUGUCUGAAGAGAGAACCACAAGUGUUUUCAGGCUCUGACCUGUGACCAUGGCCUCUCCACAAGACCCAUUGCUGAAGGAGGAGGAAGAAGUAAUGGAGGACCAUAGUGAUAUGGAUGUAGAAAAGGGCGAUAUCCCUGAGAGGCAGAACCUGCCAUCUCUAAGCAGCAAGUCCACCGCACAUUCCAUCAUCACUGUAGUGAUCCUCGCCUUUGUUAAUUUGCUAAUUUAUGCAAAUCGCUCCAGCGUGGCGGGGGUGCUGCCUUAUAUACAGAAAGCUUAUGACACCAAUGCUAGUCUGUCCGGCUUAUUGAAUACAUUGUUCAUUGGAAGCUACGUGCUGGUCGCACCAAUUGCCGGAUAUUUGGGCGACCACUGUAAUAAGAAAUAUACUGUUUGCGCAGGAGUCAUCAUUUGGCUGAGCAUGACACUUACCCUGUCAUUCAUCCCCGACGGGUAUUUCCUGCUCUUCCUGCUGACGAGCGGACUGGUUGGAGCUGGAGAGGCGACUUUCUGCACCAUCGCCCCCUCCAUCAUUGCAGACCUUUUUACAAGUGACCAGCGGACCCGCAUGCUGAACGUGUUUUACUCCGUCAUACCUGUAGGCUGCGGACUAGGAUACAUCAUCGGGCCCAAAGUGACUGAUGCAGCAAGGGGCGAUUGGCACUGGGCGUUUCGGGUCACCCCUGGCCUGGGCCUCAUAGCUGUGGCUUUGAUGCUUUUGGUCACAAAGGAGCCUCCAAGAGCGAUUACAAACGGGAAGAAGAACAACAAAUCCCAGAAGUUUGCUAAAUGGGCGACAGAUCUGAAAAAACUAUUUAAAAAUCGAAGCUUCAUGUUAACCACCAUGGGAUCAACGGCUGUGUCCUUCAUAGUGGGAGCCAUAGGUGUAUGGGGUCCAUCAUACCUGACCCACGCACGAAUACUCCUACAAGAGAAGGACCCCUGCCGUGCUGGACCGUGUGACUAUCACGACAUCCUAAUAUUUGGUGUGGUUACAGUCGUCUCCGGCAUUCUGGGAGUUGUAGCAGGGUCGGAGAUAAGUAAAAGAUAUCGCAAAUCCAACCCACGGGCGGACCCGCUUGUGUGUGGCUGCGCGAUGAUGCUCUCCGCCCCCUUUCUUCUGUUGGCAUUGACUUUCGGCAACAUCAGCCUCGUUGCCACCAACAUCUUCAUCUUCAUCGGAGAGACGCUUCUGUCAGUAAAUUUCACCCUCAUAUCUGACAUUAUACUAAAAGUAGUAACUCCGUGGAGGAGAUCUUCAGCCCUGGCCGUGCAGAUGACAAUCUAUCACCUCCUAGGUGACGCCGGCAGCCCGUACCUCAUCGGCCUGAUAUCUGACACCUACGAACAAGUAUAUGCCAAAUCCCCUCUUCUGAAAUACCGCAGCCUGGAGUAUGCCCUCAUGACCUGCACCAUAAUGGCAGUCAUCGGAGGGGCCUUCUUCAUGGCCACGGCCCUAUUUAUAGAGAGGGACGAAAAAGAAGCAGAGUACGACCAGUACCAGAAUAUAGAUAAAGAGAAGCUGGCAGAGUUUAUACACCAUUAUAAAUGGAUAUUGGUUGGGAAGGUAGUGAUGAAUAAGUUAGAAGAGUCAAAAAUAGCAAACAAAGAAACACCUUCACCAACAUCCAGGUACCAAGGAACCAUUUCGUUCAGAUGGGGUAAACUCUUCAAGCUUACAUUUAAAACAUACAAGAAUCAAUUCAUGAGCAGUGUCUUAACACUAAAAAAUAUGAGAGAAGACAAGAAAAAAGACACAAGUUGUACAGAAGAAAAGUAUUACCUUAAGGACACAGGACGUAUAUGUACAUUCUGUGCCCACUCCCUCAAGAUGAAGCGCACUCAGGAACAUGGCCCACUUCAUACCUGGUGGUUCCCGGUUGCUAUCAGCAUCAGCCCAUGGCUUAUACAAGACUCUGCUGAUUAG